AUGGAGUUUCUCUCUCAGCACCAGAGGCUUCAUCUGCAUCUGGCUCGCUCCAUCCAUGAUGCAGCAGAGGAGCAGAGGGCUCUGGCCACUAUUGGACGAACAUACCUCUUCCUGUUUGAUUCGAACAAUUCACGGGACAGCUUGAAGCAUGCGGAAGAUGCAUUCAAGAAGAGUUUGGCCAUUGUAGAUGAGCACCUGGAAGGUACCGUAUCGUCUCGAGAGCUGAGUGAGAUGAAAGGCCGUCUCAUGCUGAAUCUGGGCUGUGUGUAUGAUGGGAUGAUGGAACCGCAGCGCUGCAGUGAUUUCAUACGACAGAGCAUCUACAUCGCAGAGAAAAACAACCUUCUAGAAGAUCUGUAUCGUGCCAACUUCAACCUAGGCAGCAUUCAAUUCCGCAACGGCCAGCACUCGCGCGCCAUGCGCUGUUUCGAGCAGGUGAAAGAAUGCGCCUGCAAGAUGAAGGACAAGUUCAGGGAGAGCGAGUGCUUCCAUAGUAUCGGCAAGAUAUUGCUUCAUCUUGGGGAUUUUGCGGCGGCGCGGUGUUCUCUGAAGAAAGCCUUCUAUCUGGGCCCCCAGCAGCCUUCUGAUCGUGAGGCCGUCAAGAGAGAUUUCAAACACGCGAUCCGGGGCUGUCAGCUGGAGCAGACGGCGACAGAAGUGACUGAUACGUUUUCCCACGAGGCCAUGGAUCUGUCAGAGCAGCUGGGAGAUCUUUACUGUAAAGUGAGCUGCUAUAACAAGGCUCUGGAUGCUUAUCAAACGCAACUGGCAUGUGCAGAGGCUUUAGGGAAGCCUGCUCGUGAGUUAACCGUCAUUCACGUGUCAUUGGCGGCCACAUACACAGAUUUGCGACAACAUCAUAGGGCCGUGGAACAUUACAGACAAGAACUAAAGCUGAGAGAGGGCAACCCUAAAGAGGAGUGUGAGACGGGGUUGAGUAUAGCUGGUUGUGAGGAGGAGAUCGGACAGCCUAUGGAGACGCUCGAUCACAGUUUCAGUGCUGCUCUGAGCUGUGCUGAGAGAUCAGGACUAAACAAACUACAGAGGCGUGUUUUGAGAGCGUGGCUACAGGCCCAGCAGCGCUGUGGUUCCUCACAGUGUGACGACACUGAAGCGCGGCUGAUGGAACUGUGUGAGUGCGAUGGACUGAGCCUGGAGGACAGUGAAGAGGAGGAUGAGGAUGAGGAAGAGGAGGUGGAGAACAGUGAACCACUGGAGGACAGUGACAUCCAGUACUCUGACUCUGAUGAGGAUCUGGAGGGUUAUGAUAAGAUGGUGACGAGCAGGAGGGAGACGCAGAGGUGGAAUCGACGGAAUGAGAAGGGCGAGACGGUUCUGCACAGGGCCUGUAUAGAAAACCCGAACCAGGUUCAGUACCUGCUUGACCAGGGUCACCCGGUUAACCUGAGGGAUUACUGCGGGUGGACUGCUCUGCAUGAAGCCUGUAACUACGGUCAUCAAGAGAUUGUAGCUUUACUGCUGGACCGUGGAGCAAAUAUAAACGACCCCGGGAAUCGAGACUGUGAGGGUGUCACACCCCUUCAUGACACACUAAACUGCGGCCACUUCCAUGUCGCACGACUGCUGGUACAGAGAGGAGCAUCAGUCACUGUUCGCAACAGCAAGGGACUCACUCCUCUGGACACCCUGCGUCAGUGGUUUAAGACUUACAGCCGACAGCUGGACCAAGAGACAAAGCAGGAGUGUUUGGAGACUGAAAAACUCAUCAAGAGAGCUCUGUCAGGAGACGCAGUUCAAAGUUCCUCCAGUAGGGGUCUGUCUCUGAAGAAGGGCACUGAUAAGUCUCGGCAUGUGAAGAUGAAUCAAAUGCCCGGGAUGGUGAAUCUAGGCAGGAGGGAGGUCAGCAGGUCACAAAGUCCCAUCAUGACUCAAGAAUCUGGGCCCAUUCAUAACCCUGCACUUCCUGUCCAUAAGUCAGUGAACCGAGCAGCCCAUGUUCCUGCACCGAUCAGGAUGAGGGUCAGAGUUCAGGACAAUGUCUUCUUGAUUCCCGUUCCACACAGUGAGGCAGACUCUUGUACAGUGGCGUGGUUGUGUGAUCAGGCCGCUCAGCGUUACUAUCAGACGUGUGGAUUACUGCCACGUCUGUCCCUGCAGAAAGAGGGCGCUCUGCUCUUACCCACCGAUCCACUGCUGGCUGUGCUGCACACUAAUGAAGAGGUUCUUGCUGAGGUGCGUUCAUGGGAUCUUCCUCCUCUCCCUGAGCGCUACAGGAAAGCCUGUCAAAGUCUGGGUGUUGGGUGAAACCGGCGUGUGUCUCGGCUGUGUGAGGUGCAGGAUAGCAGCUCCUGUGUGAACGUCUGUGGACUCAUUUUGCCUCCAGCGUCUCUGACUCCUCUCCUCCGAGCGCUCAAACUGCAGGCCAGCCUCACGGAGCUGCGCAUCUCUGCCAACCGUCUGAACAACGACCUCCUUCCAGAACUGAUGUCUGCGGUGGCCACCAUGCCCACACUGAGGAUUUUAGACAUAUCAGCCAAUCAGAUCACUGGAGAGGCGCUCAAAAAAGCAUCGGACACGUUUGAAACGAAGAGUCAAGCUGCUUUCCCGUGUCUAGAGGAGUUGAAUUUAAGCAUGAAUCCUCUGGGUGAUGGCUGGACGCAGGCAUUAGCGAGUCUUCUGUCCUCCUGUCCCCUGCUCUCCACUCUGUCCCUGCAAGCUUGUGGCCUCUCUGCACGUUUCCUGCAGCAACACCGUCUGCUCUUAGCCAACGCCAUGGCCAGCACUGGAAAUAUGAGGUCAGUGUGCCUCUCCCAUAAUGCACUGGGCUCCACUGGUUUUGAGCUUGUGUUGAAGACGUUACCGAUGCACUGUCUCACGCAGCUUCAGCUCUCUGCAGUCUGUAGAGGUCCAUCUGACCAGCCUGCCAUGGAGAUCCUCGCUAAACUCCUGACACAAGGUGACUGUCCACUCACGCACUUAAAUCUGGCUGGAAAUGGCCUCACGGACCACAGUGUCCUCUUGCUCGCUAGGUGUCUUCCUGUUUGUCCCUCUCUUGUAUCUUUGGACUUGUCUGCUAACCCUUCAGUGACUUCAGUUGGCCUUCAAAGUCUCCUUAACGCCCUCAUGGAGGCCCAACGACCUUUGACCCAUCUCAGUCUUCAAGGCUGUCAGGUGUCAGGACCUCUGGGUGAUGUUUGUUUGGAAAGUCUGUCUGAUCACAUCAGAGACCUGCGUUUGUGCUCCCAAAGUCUGAAUAAACUAGACCAGGAUGCACUGCAGCAGAGCUGGAGACGGAGAUCAGAACCCAUGCAUGCGUUUUCUCGCAACUCCAAAUGCAUGCUGAGCAUCACCGCAGCUUCACAGUAAACUAUUUCUGGCAGUAGCAUUAGUUUAAUGGACAAAUGCUUGAAAACAUUUGUCUGUAAAUACUGUCUAAUUGUAGCAUGUGUGCUGUCAUUAUGUAUUUUUUUUAAUUGUAAUUAUUUGUAUGGACACGUAUAUUUGUUUAUACUUGACUCAAACCAAUUUUAUUCUUUCUUGCUGAUUUUUUGCCAAAUGUAAGAAAGAGUUUGAAAUGGGCAAGGGAUAUUAAUGUAUGUGGUGUGGUGCUUAUGGACCAAGAAACGGACCAA